UCGAGUGUUUAAACCUGUGCAUACUUCUCGGAGUUCCUGUAUUGUAUUCUUCAGUUCCAUUAAUUCACUUAUAUUCCUCUCUAAGUUGUCUAUUCUCAAUAGGAUUUUGUCAAACCUUUUUUCAAAGUUCCUAGUUUCUUUAUGUUGGGCUACAGCAUGUUUUUUUAACUCACAGAAGUUUCUUAUUAUCCAUUCCCUGAAAAGUGAUUCUGUCAUUGGGAUGAGCUCUUUCUCCAUCAAGCCUUGUUCCAUUGUUGAUGUGGAACUGUGAUCAUCUUUAGAGGGAGAGGCGUUCUGAUUUUGAGUAUUCUCAGCCUUUUUACGCUGGUUUCUUCCCAUCAUUGUAAAUUUAUCCUCCUGUUGUCUUUGAAAUUACCCACUUUCAGAUUAGUUCUCUUGAGUGGACGUCCAAGUUGUUAGUUCCCAGGGCCAGAACGGUGGAGUUAAGACUGAUGGUGCUUUUCUGCCCAGGAUUCUCCUGUCGGGCUUCCUUCUUGUGUCCGUAAUGGGCGACUCUGCCUUCCCGGGGCUCCAAACCUCGGUCAGAAGGGGAACCAGUCUCGUUUACUCUGCGCCGAGAGCUGCCGCACUGAGGUGCCGUCACAGCUGCUGCGCCGGUCUCAGGAGUCAUGCUGGGGACCCGUGUGGGUCCUCCAAACCUCGGUCAGAAGGGGAGCCGGCCCUGUUUACUCUGCUCCGAGAGCUGCCACGCCGAGGUGCCAGCGAAGCCGCUGCGCCAGCCACAAGAGUCGCGCUGGCGACCCGUGUGGGUCCUCCAAGCCUCAGUCAGAAGGGGAGCCAGUCCUGUUUACUCUGCUCCAAGAGCUGCCACGCUGAGGUACCAGCGAAACCGCUACGCUGGCCACAAGAGUCACGCUGGCGACCCGUGUGGUUCCUCCACUGGGGAUCUUCUGCUCCGUGAGCGACCAGAAUUUUUCUGAAAGUGUGGCGUCCUCUAGUUCUCUGCGCUUUGACUGAGAGCUGCAAUCCUGAGCUGUUACGAUUGGCCAUCUUGGAUCGUUCUCCCAAAUGACUUGAUUUUAAAUAAACUUUUUCAUAUGCAAUAUGUUUCAACUUCAGAAGCAGAGUGUCAGGCAGCCUUGUGUGGGUGGCCUCCUGGAAACCUCCCUCCCCAGCCUCCAGCCAGGCCUUUGAGCUGAGAAACUUCCACAUGGUGGGAACUGCUGUGCUGUCCCCUGAGCAGCCCCACCCAGAACCCCCACCCGCUUGGGCAAGUGGUGGCCAUGGAGGGUGGGGCUUCUGCCUGGGACACAUGACCGGGGCAGGACUGGAUCCCAUGGCCACUCCUGUAGGUGUGUGGGAACCCAGGAGAGACCCAGGCCCUAGUAUGGGGUGCGGAGCCGUAUGAGACCUCUGUGAAAGAGGGCACCGCACCCUGAGAGCCUGGCCCACCUGAGCUGGCCCACCACGAGUCCCGCCAGGCCUCCUGUCUGAGCAGGAUGGGCCACCUGAGGACAGCUGCCCCCUUCUCUCAGGCUCUGGGGGUUGUGGUCACAAAAUGUCCAGCCCCGCAACCAGCCUCAGGGAAUCCACCCCUCCGAGGGGUGGUGAGGGGCAGGCUGAGCAUAGCGGGGAGCUCUGGGCUCUGGCCCCUCUGUCCCUCCUAGAGCCACUGUGGCUGCCUCAAUCCCUCUUUUCCAAGACAAUGUCCUUUCAUGGGCCUCCCAUGGCUCUGUUCACCCCCAGCCUGCUUGGGCAGCAGCUACCACACUCCAGAACACCGCUUCUGGGCCCUGUUCCUUCGUGUUUGCAGGUGUCCUGUGGUGGUGACAGCUCUGUUGAGGCCGCCCCUGCCCUGUGCUCGGUGGAGGCCGCCCUUCCCCUGUGCUCGGUGGAGGCCGCCCCUGCCCUGUGCUUGGUGGGGGCCUCCCCUGCCCUGUGCUCGGUGACCCCGCAGUACUGCAGGUGUCCGUGCAGGCUUGGCGUGGCCUCUGCAGCACUUGUCCAGCUUGAUGCUGGUCCCAGGCUUCACCCUUUGGGAGUUUGAUGUCCUGAGACAAAGGAAAUGUAACAUAAAGUAGGGCUGUGGAGCCCUUCAGGCCGCUGGAGAAGGUGGUUGCUGGUGGGCUCUGGGAUGGGAGCCCCCUUGCGCCUCUGUGCCACAGCCACAGGCAUCCCGUGUGUUUGGUUCCAGGGAGGGCCUUCUUUCCUCCCCAGACGCAGCUUCUGCUGUUCCAGAAAAGAUGAAAAUAAAGCUCUGUCCCAGCAAGGAUGCAGGGGUUCCUUCUGAGACCCAUGAGCCUCGAGGUGCUAUUGAGAGCAGGAUUUCUGCCAAAAAUAAAACACAGGUUCCUGGCUGCUGGCCUGGGAGAGCCAAGAAAGUGAGCGGCAUGUCCUGGACCGAGGGUGGCCUAGAGAGCUGAGCGCAGCCCCGAGACAGGCCAUCCGGCUGUGGGAGCUUUGAAAACUGACUUGAGCCUGUGAGAGCCAGCGAGCAGGAGCUGCUCCCAAUUGUGCAGAAAGGUGCUGCUUUCACGGAAACCACACAUUCAAAUCAGACAUGAGCAUUUUACAGCGCCCGUGUGAAAGUUCACGGUGAAAGUUCAUUUAAUCACAUGCCACACUGUGUGGUGUCACCACUGACCGCUUCUAGGAACCCCGUGCCAUCCAGUGGUCCUUGCACACCCCUCCCCUCCCCAUCCUCCUGCCCCGGUGACCACCAGUCUGCUUUCUGGUAUUUUAGCUCAAUGCAAGAAGGAUUUCUCAAAAGCUGAGCUCAGAGAUGAAUGUGUCUGUAAAUCAUGUUGACUCAAUAUUUGCGCCAUCACGAGAUUCUCUCCUGUGAAGGCAAUUGCGUCACUCACUAAAAUAGAAUUAAGCAGGUGGUAAAUGACUUAAAACAGAUGCCGAAAAUAUUUACUCGCUACGCAGCUGCAGUGUAGAGAAUGGCGUGGCGUUUGACUCCCCCUUUCUGCUGUUUUUUUAAGAAGGUUAAAAUUACCUCUUUUUGUGCCUGUGUUCUGACUCACUCAGGGAACUCAUGGACUUUGUUCUGGAAGCUCUGUGUUUCUUUAUCAUAUUUUGAUGGACAGAGGACAUGGCAUUGACUACAAGACGACCACCAUCCUGCUGGAUGGGCGGCGGGUGAAACUGCAGCUCUGGGAUACUUCGGGGCAGGGAAGAUUUUGCACCAUAUUCCGCUCCUACUCUCGGGGUGCACAGGGUGUGAUCCUGGUCUAUGACAUUGCGAACCGCUGGUCUUUCGACGGGAUUGAUCGAUGGAUCAAGGAGAUCGAUGAGCACGCUCCCGGAGUCCCCAAGAUCCUGGUGGGGAACCGCCUGCACCUGGCGUUUAAGCGGCAGGUGCCCACAGAGCAGGCCCAGGCCUACGCUGAGCGCCUGGGCGUGACCUUCUUUGAGGUCAGCCCUCUGUGCAAUUUCAACAUCACGGAGUCAUUCACGGAGCUGGCCAGGAUCGUGCUGCUGCGGCAUGGGAUGGACCGGCUCUGGCGGCCGAGCAAGGUGCUGAGUUUGCAAGACCUCUGCUGCCGGGCAGUCGUGUCCUGCACGCCAGUGCACCUGGUGGACAAGCUGCCGUUGCCCAUCACCUUAAGAAGCCACCUCAAGUCCUUCUCCAUGGCCAAUGGCCUGAACGCCAGGAUGAUGCACGGACGGUCUUACUCCCUCACUGCCAGCUCCACCCACAAAAGGAGCAGCCUCCACAAAGUGAAGCUAAUCCGCCCACCCCAGAGCCCACCCAAACACUGCACCAGAAACAGCUGCAAAAUUUCGUGAGGAAGGCUCUACACUGAGCACGGCGCAGUCUAGCCAGGAGAAACUCAGUGCCACACAGGCAGCUGGUGGAGGCAUCUUGGAUUCCGGUGGUUUCUCUCUGUGAAUGUCACUGCUUGGGAGCGUGUACGGUGCCUCCUGGGCAGUGGAGACAUACUACACUGUCAGACUUGGGAUUUCCACGUGGGUGUGCAUGAAGCUUGCUUUAGACGUGUGUGUAUAAAGGGAAAAUUAGUGCUCUGCUCAACUCUCGGUAACAUGAAAUGUCGAAUGUUACUUACACGAUGAUUGUGCUGCAACUUUUUCUUUAAAAUAACUGCUUUUGUGACAGCGUAAUAUUCGAGUGGUUCGAAUUUGAGAGGCAAUGGUGGUGAGAAUUGAGAGCCAUCGAUAUUACAAGAGGGGUCUUUUUGUAAAACUCCUUUUUAAUGUCAAAGCACCAAUUUAUAAAACGCUGCAGAUGUAGGGGUCACGUGCAACCGAACUGUCCAGUCUGUGUUUCCGGAUUUGAUAACGUUUUUGCUAGUUAUUUACUACAUUUUGGGAUUAAUAAGUGAUUUAUAUGCAUAUUUUUCUGUGAAUCUACCUUUUUUUGUAUGAGAUGUUCUACAAGUUAUGAAGCUAAGGGAAGAAAAUGCCGAAGAUACCUCUAGUUACAUUGAACAUUUUAGCCAACAUCAUUUCAGCAGGCCAAGGAAAAGCUGCUUCAGUAAGGAAAGAAGUGAAAACACUUAUUUAAGAAAAUAUUUCUCAACAAUAAAAUGUAUAGUUGUUUCUCUC